CCUCAUCCAAUAGCCCUCGCGAUUCACCAUGGAAAACCUCAUAAACCACCGUUAGAUUACAAACAAAAAACAUCGACAAUCAGCACCCCUCUGAUGCGUUGACCAACCGAGGCCCUGUCUGAGCUGACUUCCAUUACCAUCACCUUCAAAACCGCCCGAUUACAAACCAUCGCCCUCUCUCUCUCUCUCUACCCUAACUAGCUUUCGAAUCUCCACGGGACCGACCUUUCAGUCUCGUUGCAGGUUUAAUUUCAAUAGGGACACCUUUUAUGUUGCGACCUUGAACUUCUAUCCUUAGUCAGUCAAAACCUCUGCGGUUGUGGAAUGGAUUCAGAAUCUGCUGAUUCAUCAACUUCACCUCCUCUUAAAGCUCCUAAUGUGCCACCUCCAGCUCCCAUAAAAACUGCAGCUGCUGCUCUUUCUGGACUGGAUAAUUCUCCCCAUGAUGUACCAUCUAAAUUAUCUUCUUCUUCAAUAUCUUCAUGGGCCAAAAGUCUGAAAAUUCCACAGCCAUUGGCAGCCACACAAGAUGACUCUCCAACUGGAAAUGCUGGAAAAUCAACUUUUGCACGUUUUACAAGCGGAAUAGCAUUACGGUUGUCUCCAAAAGCUCGUUCAUCAGAGGAUACUUCUGAUGGAACUUCAAUGACCACACAACCUGGUUUUAUUGGAACUAUAACGAAAGGGCUAGUAGAUUCUUCGAAGAAUGCAGUGAAGGCUGUACAGGUUAAGGCCCGACAUGUUGUCUCUCAAAACAAACGAAGAUAUCAGGAAGGAGGAUUUGAUCUGGAUAUGUCUUAUAUCACAGAAAAUAUAAUUGCUAUGGGGUUCCCUGCCGGUGAUAUGAGCUCUGGGUUUUUUGGUUAUGUUGAGGGGUUAUACCGAAACCACAUGGAAGAAGUAAUCAAAUUCUUUGAAACUCAUCACAAGGGCAAUUAUAAAGUGUACAACCUUUGUUCUGAGAGGCUGUAUGAUGCGUCCUUAUUUGAAGGAAAGGUGGCUUGUUUCCCGUUUGAUGACCAUAAUUGCCCCCCAAUUCAACUGAUAAUAUCCUUUUGCCAAAGUGCGUACUCGUGGUUGAAGGAGGAUAUUGAGAAUGUUGUGGUUGUGCAUUGCAAGGCCGGAAUGGCAAGAACAGGGUUGAUGAUUUCCAGUCUUCUUCUAUUCUUGAAGUUCUUCCCAACCGCUGAGGAGUCAAUUGACUACUACAAUCAGAAAAGAUGUGUCGAUGGAAAAGGGCUUGUUCUCCCGAGUCAAAUUAGGUAUGUCAAAUAUUUCGAACGUACUCUAAGAUACUUCAAUGGGGAAACCCCUCCUGGGCGUAGGUGCAUGCUUAGGGGAUUUCGAAUUCACAGGUGCCCUUAUUGGAUCAGGCCCUCCAUUACUGUCUCUGAUCAUAGAGGUGUUCUCUUCUCCACAAAAAAGCAUCCACGAACCAAGGAUCUUUUGCCGGAAGAUUUUUGGUUUAGUGCACCCAAGAAGGGGGUAAUGGUCUUUGCAUUGCCAGGGGAGCCUGGCCUAACAGAGUUGGCUGGGGACUUCAAAGUCCAUUUUCAUGAUCGCCAAGGAGAUUUCUGCUUUUGGUUAAACACAACGAUGACGGAAAAUAGAAAAGUUCUAAACACCAACGAUCUUGAUGGAUUUGACAAGAGGAAACUUCCUUCCCCUGGAUUUCAGGUUGAAGUUGUGCUGGUAGAUUAUAACGGCAGUGCCCCUACAACACCAAACACUGAAACUACUGUCAAGAAAACAGACGAAAGCUCAGGCACUGUAAGUGCAUCGGUUGAUGAAGGUGCACCAAUACCCAGCCAAAAGAAAGACCCAAAAAGUCAAGAAAAAGAUGACGUUUUUUCAGAUGGUGAGGCAGAGGAAACUGGGUCCUCAAAGAGCAGAAAAGCAGAAGCUGCUUCUGCAGCAGGAGGAACUGCCACUGGUACCACCUCUAGUUCUGAAACGAAGACAACUUCUGAUCAAAUAGCAAGUGUGACUCGUGAAACCGAACAUAUAUCUCUGGGAAACACUACUGUCUCUGGCCUUGAGGUACCCAACAACACAGAGAGUGAAUUCAAGGCAAUGGCGGCUGAUGCUUCGGUUUUUACAUUUGGAGAUGAAGAGGACUACGAAAGUGAGUAAAUCGAUGGUAGCUUGGCUUGGAUUUUCAGAUAGUCUGUACAUAAAAUGGCUUACUGGAUGUAAAUACUCAAAUUGCUUAUUGCUGGGUCAUGUUCAAUCCAUUUGUUUCCUUGGUAAUGCAAUGACUGUUUCUGGUUUAUUGGGUUGUUGAAACAAAACAAAACAAAAAACUAGCUGGACGUGAGAAUAAUUCUUAUACUUUGGGCUCAAAAUGCGAAAUUUGUUUCA